AUGAAAAAGCAAUCAGCCAAGUAUUCAAAAACAGAGCCCUCGGCAAGGAGAUCCAACAAAUCACCCACUAGUCCCAGCGGAAAUCCAAAACCUGAGGAUAUGCUUACUCAAAGCCAAGUAAAUUAAGAACUCUUAAAAACUCAAUAAUCUUUUCGUAGCUCAACUGGCCAUUAAGGACAGACUCCAUCUAUAAGUUCUAAAGUGACACAAUCAGUAACAUCUCCUGGUAGAAAUAUGUAGAAAAGACCUUCACAAAUAAUAUCAAAACAGUAAUUGCAAAACAUGCAUGAACGCUCUGUAAUCAAAGUUCUUGGAAUGAAUAUGGAGGCAGUAUGUCCGAAAAAGAAUCAUGAAAAAAAUAAGAUGCUCUACAUUUGUUAAUAUGGAGAUUGUAAGGCGGACAACAGAUUGGGAUGCUCAUACUGUUUGGUAGAAUCUCAUAAUGAUCAUUCCUAACAAGUAAUGGAAGUUUAAACCUUUUGUAAGAUAUUUGAUGAUAGAAAAAAGCAAUUUAAAAAUCUAAGCGACACAAUCUUGCAAGUACCAGAUAAGACAGCUUAAGUAAGCUUAUUUUUUGAAUAACUAAGAGAUUAAAUAAUGGAUCGGUUGAAAUAAAUAGAAAAGAAUAUUUUGCAAUCAAUUUAGGAAUAAUUGGCAUGGAAGCCAUUAUAAAAGGAGAUUUUAUACAGAGUGGAGGUUCUGAGUUCUAAACUCAUUUUUGAUAUGACACAGGAUGAAUUGAAGGAGAGCUUAGAAUUUAUUUAAGGUAAACAUUUUAAAGAGUUGGAAUAUAUAAAAUAAGAGACGAAUAAUUAUUUAAGUUAAAAAAUAGCCUUAGUUGAACAUAUUUGGAAUGAUUAUAAAAUUUAAUUAGAAACAGAUAUAACUCAACAACUUAAUGAUUACAAUAAGGUGAUGUUUUUAGAUCCAUAGAGCAAAGAGUUCGCUGAAUAUAAGAUGCAAUUUUUCUAAUAAAAGCAAUUGAAAGUGAAUGAAUUGAGUUAACCCUUCCAUUAAUAAUUAGAGAUGCUUAAGGAAGAAGAAAGGAAAGUAGAGGAGAAAAAACAAGAAGAAAUUAGAAUCCAAUAGCAAAUAGAAUAGAGAAAGAAGGAGGAGGAGGUUAAAAAAGAGAAAGAAAGACAAAAACAAGUGCAAGAAUAGAUUCUCAAAUAAAAAGAAGCUUAAAAGAAUUCUGAGAGAUAGAGUGAAAGAGAUAAACUUCUUAAAACCUUUCCUUAUAAGUUAUACACAGAAGAUUGUCAACAUAGGACUAAGUGCAAUACAAUACCUAUUUUUUCAUGCUGCAAUAAGGCGUAUCCUUGUUCACAAUGUCAUGGAUUUGUGGCUCACCCUCCUCGGAUAUAAGUUCCCAGUUAUAGAUAUUGCAUGAAAUGUCUUGAAAUUUAUCUGGUUAUGUACCCAACUAAUUAGGCCAUUAAUUGUCUGAAGUGUUAAAAGUGA